UUAUUGUCGCCAUCCCCGCGCCCCCGACCACGGCUGCAGCCCCCCGAGCCUGCGCGACCGGGGAGGCUCUCUGCCUUGGCGGCCCGGUCUUGUUCCCCCUCUCUGUCAGGCCUGGAAGGCGUGCCGCCGGGACUUUGUUUAAGAUUAUUCUUUUGUUGGCUGCCUUUUUGUGACCUGGCCCUCCUGGUUCUUCCGCCCCCCACUCGCCAGGCGGGAGUGUGAGCUGUGAUUUGAUCACCACGCACUUGUCACUUGGAGGCUCCGCUGACUGAGGAAUGCCGCCCACCUGCUUAGCGUUGCUUGGCCGCGGGUCUCUGACUUGGCUCUUGGACUCUUUUGCAGACCAUGAAACGCUCGGGCACGCCCCUCCAGAAGCUGUUCUCCAAGACAAUCUAGCGUUCACGUACAGACCCCUAAGACACGUAUGAAGUUUCUUGUUCUGGAUUCGCAGUAGUGCAAUGAAGAAGAGGAGAAAGGUUACUUCAGAUCUUGACGAGAAGAUCCACCUAGGCUACCAUAAAGAUUCUUCAGAAGGAAAUGUUGCAGUGGGCUGCGACCCAGUGAGCUACACGCAUUCUCCAGAAAGACCAACUCCUGACGCUUUGCACUGCUGCCAGGAGCUGCCUCCCUCCCCAGAUCAGAGAAAGCUGCUGAGUUCUUUGCAGUAUAAUAAGAAUUUGCUGAAGUAUUUGAAUGAUGAUAGGCAGAAGCAGCCCUCUUUCUGUGAUCUGCUCAUCAUAGUGGAAGGGAAAGAAUUCAGUGCACAUAAAGUAGUGGUCGCCGUUGGCAGUAGCUAUUUUCAUGCCUGUUUGAGCAAAAAUCCAAGCACUGAUGUUGUCACCCUGGAUCACGUAACACAUUCAGUUUUUCAGCAUUUGCUUGAAUUCCUUUAUACGUCAGAAUUUUUUGUGUACAAAUAUGAAAUACCUCUUGUUUUAGAGGCUGCAAAAUUUUUGGACAUUAUAGAUGCAGUGAAGCUACUGAAUAAUGAAAAUGUUGCUGCUUUCCAGUCAGAGCUAACUGAGAAGUCAUCACCAGAAGAAACACUAAAUGAAUUAACUGGACGACUGUCCAAUAAUCAUCAGUGCAAAUUCUGCAGUAGACACUUUUGUUAUAAAAAGUCCUUAGAGAAUCAUUUGACUAAAACACACAGGUCUCUGUUAUUAGGGAAAAAACAUGGGUUAAAAAUGCUGGAGAGAAGUUAUUCCACAAGAAGAUCAAAAAGAAGUCGAAAGUGCCCCGUAAAGUUUGAUGACACCAGUGAUGAUGAACAAGAAAGUGGGGAUGGGUCAGACAAUCUGAAUCAGGAAACUUUUGAUACAGAGAAAUCAGACAGAAAUGAUUCCGAGGACCCUGGAAGUGAAUAUAAUGUUGAGGAAGAUGAGCUAGAGGAGGAAAUGUCUGAUGAAUACUCCGACAUUGAGGACCAGAGUGAAAAAGAACAUCAGGAUGCGGAAGAGGAACCUGAGGCUGGUGAUUCUGUAGGAAAUAUUCAUGAGAGGUUGACUCCAGUCGUCAUUCAGAACAGUAACAAAAAAAUACUGCAGUGUCCUAAAUGUGAUAAAACGUUUGACCGAAUAGGCAAAUAUGAGAGCCACACUCGUGUUCACACAGGGGAGAAGCCCUUUGAGUGUGAUAUUUGUCACCAGCGCUAUUCAACAAAGUCUAACCUAACUGUUCACAGAAAGAAGCACAGUAAUGAAACAGACUUUCAUAAGAAGGAACACAAGUGCCCUUAUUGUAACAAACUUCAUGCAAGCAAGAAGACUUUAGCCAAGCAUGUUAAGAGAUUUCAUCCUGAGAAUGCACAAGAAUUUAUUUCCAUUAAGAAGACAAAGAGUGAAAGUUGGAAAUGUGAUAUUUGUAAGAAGUCUUUUACUAGAAGACCGCACUUGGAGGAACAUAUGAUCCUGCAUUCCCAAGAUAAACCUUUUAAGUGUACCUAUUGUGAAGAACAUUUCAAAUCACGCUUUGCACGCUUGAAGCAUCAAGAAAAGUUCCAUUUGGGUCCUUUUCCAUGUGAUAUAUGUGGUCGCCAGUUUAAUGACACUGGAAAUUUAAAACGCCAUAUAGAAUGUACUCAUGGUGGAAAAAGAAAAUGGACUUGCUUUAUUUGUGGAAAAUCAGUAAGAGAAAGAACUACGUUGAAAGAACAUUUAAGAAUCCACAGUGGAGAAAAGCCUCAUCUUUGUAGUAUUUGUGGACAAAGUUUUCGCCAUGGAAGCUCAUAUAGACUUCACUUACGAGUACAUCAUGAUGAUAAAAGAUACGAGUGUGAUGAAUGUGGUAAAACAUUUAUUCGUCAUGACCACCUUACGAAGCACAAAAAAAUACAUUCAGGUGAAAAGGCUCAUCAGUGUGAAGAAUGUGGAAAAUGUUUUGGUCGUAGGGAUCAUCUCACUGUUCAUUACAAAAGCGUGCACCUGGGAGAAAAAGUGUGGCAAAAAUAUAAGGCAACGUUCCAUCAAUGUGAUGUUUGUAAGAAAAUUUUUAAAGGCAAGUCAAGCCUAGAAAUGCAUUUUCGAACACAUUCAGGUGAAAAACCAUACAAGUGUCAAAUUUGCAAUCAGUCUUUUAGAAUUAAGAAAACUUUAACCAAGCAUCUGGUUAUUCAUUCUGAUGCCCGACCUUUCAACUGCCAGCACUGUAAUGCAACAUUUAAGCGCAAAGACAAACUGAAGUAUCACAUUGACCAUGUUCAUGGGAUAAAGUCUCCUGAUGAUCCCCUUAGUACUUCUGAAGAAAAACUUGUAUCCUUACCAGUGGAGUACUCAUCUGAUGAUAAACUCUUUGAAGCAGAAACAAAACAAUAUAUGGACCAGCCAAAAAGCUAUCCAUCUGAAGCCAAGACUAUGUUACAGAAUGUGUCUGCUGAAGUUUGUGUUCCAGUAACGUUGGUUCCAGUUCAGAUGCCUGACGCAUCCAAUGAUCUGGUACGACAUACUACCACUCUGCCUCCAUCUUCCCAUGAGAUCCUGCCGCCACCCCCACAAUCAACUGAUUAUCCUCGAGCAGCCGACUUGGCCUUUUUGGAAAAGUAUACCCUCACUCCUCAACCUGCAAAUAUAGUUCAUCCAGUCCGACCUGAGCAAAUGCUGGAUCCCAGAGAACAGUCUUAUCUUGGAACAUUACUGGGUCUUGAUAAUACUACUGCUGUUCAAAAUAUUUCUACGAAUGAGCAUCAUUCAUGAGUUAUUCUAAACAUUCCACAGACUUUGGAUGGUUCUGUGCUAAUGUAGCUAAGAUCUGAUGUUUUAUCAGUUAGUGGGCUGCUGUUUUUUUUUUUUUUUCAUUUUCUUAAGUUUCCCAUGUUCUCAGAACAAUUUCAAAUCACGAAAACCAUGUGUAUUUGUUUACUGAACAUAUGAAUAUUUGGACAUUUUCUGGCAUAAUAUUUGAGGCGUUUUUUGUGAUUUUUUUUAAAAGAUGAUUUAGUGCUAAUUUUUAAUAGGUUCUCAAACUUUUUCACAGUUACUAGGUGUUGGCUUUUUUUUUUUUUAAAUAAUCGCUGGAAAAUUUUAUUAGUCUCAUUCCUAUUUUCUCCCUUUCCCAGAUUCUAACAGCUUCAAGAACUUUAAGAACGAAAGUAAGAACAUGUGAAUAACUGCAGCUGUUCUUUAUCCUAAGUUAAGAUUUAUUAUCAAUCCAUCCAGAUGUUUAAAACAGAAAUUUGGAACUUGAAUUUAUAAGAAAAUCUUGGAUAGUUCUAUGUUGUUUCCAUUUCAAUUUGUCCAUAAUUUCAGGUUAUCUUUAUCUUUUGGACUUUUGACCAACUCACAACCAGAAAACUAAGAUUAACUUAUUAAUAUAGUUGAAAUAAUUAUCCAGAUAAGUGAUUUUUACCUAUACUUCAAUCAUUAUGAGUAAGAAAUACAACCUUAGGUCUAGAAGUUGAAUUUUGCAAGUUGAAAAUGUUCUAAGAGAAAUAUGACAGUUUUAACUAGAUGUUUUUGUAGCUCACCUUUUGUAUUUUGCUAUUUAUUUCAGAAACAUUAAUAAUAUAGUACAGCAUAAGUCUUCAUCUCAUUAAAGAAGGGGUGAUCAUUACAAUUAAUGACAGUUAAUUGAAUACACUACUUUUGAUUUAAUUUUCUGUGACGCAAACUCUGAGGAACACAAUCUUGUUAUCUUAUGUCUAAUUCUUAGAAGUGCCAAACAGUUUGUAAAAUUUGUGUCUACUCUAGCUCAGUGUCACUUGAAAAUGGAAUCACUACUCAUAUUCUGAUUUGCAUGCAGUUUAAGUUUUUAUAUAUACUUUCACCCUAUCUAAUUAUUCUUGAUUUUUAUUUUUGUGUCAGACAAAAGUUGAGGACUUAUGAGAGGAAAUAGCAAUUACAAUAAAACCUUACUGAUUAAUACGAA